AUGGGUUUAACUCAAUUUGAUGAAUUGUUUGUUCUUAAUCAAAAAAGGUACCCUAAGGCUAAACCCAUGCGGUCGUUCGAUGAAGACGAAGAUUGCAGAAAUCAGUCAUGGAGGUCCAUUGACGACAGUGGUUGUGAAUACAGAGUAUACAAAACAGAUUCGAUGAAUACAGAAGGAAGUAAAGGUUUGGAUGCUGCAACACAGACCAGUGAUGGUGAUGGUGAUGGUAAGAAAGUGUUGAACAAUGAUAUGGGUAUGGAGAUGGAGAUGGAAAUGAACAGAGAUGAGAUUUCGCCGCCAUUGUCGUCUUCUAGAACUAGCUUAGAGAGUUGGGAUAGUGUAAGUGAAGGAAGAAAGAUGGAGAUGGAGAUGAGAUCAGGGAGGGAUAUUAGGGAUCGGGGGAAUGGGAAUGGGCAACUUAGUGGGAGGAUGAAGGCUUCUGUUGUGUUGAAGCAGCUUGUAAGUUGUGGGUCGGUUUCAGUAAUGGAAUCUGCUUUGUUGAAGAGUAAAGGUGCAUCAAUGGUGUCUGGAAAGAGUGGACUUGGAGAAGAAAGUGUAUGCAGAAGAACAAAAGAUUCUGGAAAUUAA